AUGAAUCAAGAAAAUGAAAGUCAAAAUCAACCUCAUCAAUCAAUUUUUACUAGCUAUUUUACAUUCUUACCAGAUAGAAGGGAAACACCAAAUUCAACUGUUGAUCAAUCAGAAGAUAUUCAACAAUUAUUACAAAUUAUAAAACAAAUUAAAAGACCAACAAAUACUAAUAAUACCCCAGCCCAACCAGAAAAGCCUACUAUUGAAACAAAUAAAACGCAGGAAAAUUCAUCAAUUCCACUUCCAAGAUUUCCUCCUGUCGCAACAACGAUAAAUCAACCACAACAUAAAGAAGUUAUUGAUUUAACUAUUGAUUUACAAGAUGAUAGUGAACCAAAUAGCUCUGAUAAAGCAUUUUCAGGUUCAAAAUCUGAAACCUCUACUAAAGACAUAAAAGAUUUGGAUCAUAAAGAUGAUAAAUCAAAUAAACCAAGCACCUCUUCAAAAUCACCAGAUACAAAUUCAUUAAUGAAUUCCGCGAAAAAAGAUCAGAAAGAUUCGAAAAAAGACAAAAAGGAGAAAAGAGGAAUAGAUUUAGAGCAGGAAGAUGAAAAGUUCAACAAGCUUGUUGAGUCUAAAUUGCAAGUUUCUAGCGAUGAAGCAAAAUAUAAAAUCCUUGGAGCAAGAAAAAUCAACAACGAGUUGAAUUUCGCAGUUAUUCAUCCAGAUGGAAAUAUUUAUUGGUUUACUAAUGAUGAAAUGAAAGUUUAUCAUUUGGGCUUACUAUUUCAGUUCUACGAGAACAAUUUGGUAAUUAACUGA